CUGGGUGAUGGAAUAGUGAUGAAGGCUAAUCGGUGGCGGAAAAUGCUUCUUCUACACAGCUUCUCUCCUCUUUUCCAUCUUAUUUGCUUUUUACUCCGUCUUCUCUGUUUCCCCUCAACGCGUGCCCAGUUCCUGCCUGAAACUAGGGCAGGACAAGGUCUGCUGCUCUUCACCCAGCCUUCCUAUAAUGCUUCCAUCUUUGAGAACUCUGCCAUAAGAACCUAUACCAGAAGCGAGGUAAAAAUGGGCAUCAUUCUCGCUCCGCCUCGGUCUUUAGACAUCAAAUAUUCCAUCGCGUCUGGAGACAAUGAGAGAAUCUUCCAGGCUGAGGAGUUUGUGAUGGGAGAUUUUUGUUUCCUCCGUAUACGCACUAAUGGAGGCAGUGGUGCGACAUUGAAUCGGGAAGUACAGGAUAACUACACCCUGACGGUGAAGGCAUCUGCUCAUGGAGGCUUAGAGGCCUUAGCCACUGUUUAUAUCAAGAUCUUGGAUACCAAUGAUCUCCGACCUCUCUUCUCCCCGACCUCUUAUUCAUUUGUCAUCUCUGAGAGUGCCCCUCUGGGUACCAGCAUUGGACGUGUAACGGCCACAGACGCUGACGUGGGCUCCAACGGGGAGUUCUACUACUUCUUCAGAACCAAGGUUGAACUCUUUGCUGUUCAUCCGACCAGUGGGGUCAUCACCCUGACAGGUCAGCCCAGGGUGGACAAAGAAGAUCGAUUUGAGCUGGAGGUGCAGGUGGUCGACAGAGGAAUGAAACUCUAUGGGAACAAUGGUGUAAGCAGCACAGCUAGGCUGGUCCUUACUGUGGAGCGGGUUAACGAUUUUUCUCCUGUUCUCAAUGCAGUUGCUGUCGUUCCAUCAUGGGGGGACAAGGACCCAGUCUAUGCCAUCGCUACUGCGGAAGAUAAAGAUGAGGGGGUAUCUGGGGAAAUUGAGUGGGUGUCCAUCAUUGAGGGUGACCCCUUUGAACAGUUUGUGGUUGAACGAUCGCCCGUUGGAAAUGAGUACAGGCUGAAAACAUCAGAAUUUGUCGACUGGGAUACAUUCCCCUAUGGCUGCAACAUAACCUUUCAAGCUAAAGACAGGGGUAUUCCUCCAAAGUUUUCGAAAACCCAGGUUGUUCAGUUGUUGGUUACAAAGCCAGACCCCGUGCUGGCAAAAUUCGAGAAAGAUGUUUAUGUGGUAAAGCUGAGUGAAAUAGCUCCCCCAGGCACUAUUGUAGAGAUGGUGAAAAUCUCCCCAGCUUCUCUGAGUGUCAAUUACAGCCUAAGCAGCGUCUCAGAUCCAAUGUACUUUGAUUUAAACCCUUUGACUGGAGUUAUUAUGACCACAAGGCAUCUGACAAGAAUAUCACAGGAUUUCGUGGAGCUGGAGGUGGUUGAUAGUAUCAGUGAGCAGCGAGCAAGUGUCCAAAUCACCAUAGAGGAUGCAAAUGACAACUCUCCAGUGUUCAACAGGCCAUUCUAUGAUAUUGCAAUCAACGAGAGUUUACCUGUAGGCACAGUAGUUCUUGUAGUGUCUGCUGUGGAUAAUGAUAAGGGAGAAAAUGGGUAUGUGACCCACACAAUCAGUGGUGAACAGUCCCUUCCAUUUAACAUAGACCAAAACUCAGGCGAGGUGAGGAUCACAAGAGACCUGGACUUUGAGUCAUCAGAUGAUAUCUAUACUUUUGCAGUGCGUGCAUCUGAUUGGGGUUCACCCUACCGAAGGGAGAUUGAGGUUAAUGUUACCAUUCGUCUCAUAAAUAUCAAUGACAACCAGCCACUUUUUGAGAUGGUUUCUUGUAGGGGGAUGAUAAGCCGUGAUUUUCCUGUCAACCAGACAAUUGUCACCCUGUCAGCUGUAGACUUGGAUGAGCUAGGAAUGGUGAAGUAUAAGAUACUGUCUGGGAAUGAGUUGGGCUAUUUUGACUUAAAUGCAGACUCUGGAGCUGUGUCACUGAAAAGAUCGUUGGCAGUAGAGAAUUUAAAAAAUGGGAUAUUCAACCUUAAACUGGUUGCAUCAGAUGGAGAAUUUUUCUCCGAUCCUACAUUUGUGAAUGUGUCUGUGGUGAGGGGCAGGAUGCCACCAAGGGGGUUCAACUGCAAAGAGACCAGGGUAGCCCAGAUGCUGGCUGAAAAAAUGCUCUCAAAAGCCUCGGCCAUGGCUAGACCAAGAGCAGAUGAGAGACCAGACCUCUUCUCUGUGAACAAACAGGCUCCGCAGUUUGAGGCCUUGCCUACGAGUAUUCUGGUGAGAGAGGACCUUGCUACUGGUGCCAGUGUGUUUCAGGUGCGAGCACGAGAUGGUGACACAGGCUUCAAUGGCCGUGUUCUCUUUUCCAUAUCUGAUGGUAACAAAGAAAACUGCUUCAAUAUCAACAUGGAGACUGGCUUGAUAACUGUGUUGCAGCCACUUGACCGUGAGCGACUUGAUCGUUACUUCCUUAAUAUCACCAUCUAUGAUCAGGGCGUUCCUCAGAUGUCCAGUUGGAGGCUGCUCACAGUGAUCAUUGAGGAUGCAAAUGACAAUGACCCCCAGUUUUAUCAGGACAGCUACUCUGCUCUCGUUUCCGAGAACUCGGCCAUUGGAGUGGAAGUUAUUACCAUCACUGCAUUUGACAGAGACAUGGGUCAAAAUGGACAGCUUUCCUAUAUAAUGCUGACCACUGUCGCCCAGUUUGGUAUUGACAGUGAAACUGGAAGUGUAUUUGUUGCAAGUUCCUUGGACAGAGAAACAUUCCCAAUGUUCACAUUGAAGGUUGAAGUGAGAGACAAGGCCGAAAGAGGCACUCGAAGGUCGUCAGUGACGACUCUCAGUGUAAUAGUGGAGGAUGUCAAUGAUUGCGCCCCAGCUUUCAUUCCUAGCAGCUAUAGUGCUCGGGUACUAGAGGACCUCCCACCAGGCGCAGUGAUUACCUGGGUGCAGGCUCAGGACCCGGACAUCGGCCCUGGCGGACAGGUCCGAUACUCCGUGAUUAAUGACUUCAAUGGCACUUUUGAGAUCAAUGCUAUUAGUGGGGUAUUGAGGAUUACAAAGGAACUGGACUUUGAGAAACAACAGUUUUUCAAUCUGACAAUACUUGCUGAGGACAGGGGCAUACCGAGCCUCAGGAGUCAGACAUUUGUGGAGGUAGAGGUGGUGGAUGUCAACGAGAAUUUGUAUGCACCCUACUUCCCCGACUUUGCCGUGAGAGGCUCGGUAAAGGAGAACUCUCGUGCAGGCACAAGUGUCCUGACAGUCAGCGCUAAGGACGACGACAAGGGACGCGACGGCGUAUUGAGGUACUCUGUCAGAGGAGGCAGCGGACUCGGCACUUUCACCAUUGACGAAGACACAGGUGUGAUUUACACCGCGGGUAUCCUGGACUGUGAGAUCAAAGACUCCUAUUGGCUCAACGUCUACGCCACAGACAAAGGGGUCACGCCCCUGUCAGCUUCCAUAGAAGUCUUCAUCCAGGUAGAAGACAUCAACGACAACGCCCCCCUCACCUCGGAUCCCAUCUACCACCCGGUCGUCGUGGAGAACUCGCCGAAGGACGUGUCGGUGAUCCGCAUCCAGGCGCAGGACCCCGACCUCACCGCCACGCCCAGUCGCCUGAGUUACCGCAUCACCGCCGGCAACCCGCAGAAUUUCUUCGCCAUCAACCCCAAAACAGGGCUGAUCACGACGACCGCGAGGAAACUGGACAGAGAACAACAGGCGGAGCACUUCUUAGAGGUAACAGUUAUAGACGGCCCAGUGACCACCCGUCAGUCCACUGUGUGGGUCAUAGUCCACAUCGAGGACCAGAACGACAACCCGCCCACCUUCCCCGAAGUCACCUACCGCAUCAGCUUGCCGGAGCGAGACCGCAACAAACGCGGCGAGCCGGUCUACCGCGUCUUCGCCUACGACCGGGACCUGGGCGCGAACGGCAACAUCACCUACAGCAUUGUGGGUGGCAAUGACGACGACAAGUUCAGCAUCGACCCCCGGACGGCUACGGUGUCGUCAAAGAAGACGGCGGCCGCGGGAAGCUACGAUGUCCUCACUAUAAAAGCCGAGGACAGCGGCGACCCCCCGCUGUGGUCCACCGUCAAGCUCCACGUAGAGUGGAUUCGCAAACCCGUCCCCGCGCCUCUGCCCCUGCUGUUCACCCAGAGGUACUACAACUUCUCCAUUUCCGAGGCGGCUGCCGUGGCCCAGCCGGUGGGAGUGGUCGCCGUGGGCCAGUCGACCACCGCCGUCUGGUUCAAUAUCAUCGGUGGACGACUCGCCAGGGAAACGUUCUACAUUCCGCAAAAUGCGUGUGGAAGAAACUGCUCCCUCGACACAGGGAGCUUUGACAUGCAGUACGACCUUCAAGUCGGCGUGGGCACUCUAGUUGUGGCCAAGCCCCUUGAUGCAGAGGUGCAGUCCGUGUACAACAUGACUAUUCAGGUGACAGAUGGGACCAACUUUGCCACGGCGCAGGUGUUCAUCCGAAUACAAGACAGCAACGACAACCCCCCCGUGUUCUCGCAGGCGGCCUACGACGUCAGCGUGUCGGAGGACGUGCCGGUCGACGUGGAGCUGCUGCGGGUGAGGGCGACGGACGUGGACGAGCGCGCCCGCCUCAGCUUCACCAUCUACGGCAGCGUGGACCCGGCCAGCAUGAGGCUGUUCCGGGUCAACCCCGGCACCGGAGUCGUCUACACCGCAGACCGGCUGGACUACGAGGCCCGAACACAGCACAUCCUCACUGUCAUGGUCAAGGAUCAGGAAUUUCCGUUUAACCGCGACCUGGCUCGUAUCCUGGUGGCAGUGGAGGACUCCAACGACAACAUCCCGUACUUCACCAGCACCGUGUACGACGCGCUGGCCUACGAGUCUUCUCCCGUAGGGACGUCUGUAGUGCAAGUGACGGCCCUCGACAAAGACAACGGGAUUAAUGGGCAGCUUACGUAUUCUAUAGAAGCAGGUAACACCGGCGGUGUGUUCGGCAUCGAUAAUGCCACAGGCCUUAUCUUCAUUGCAAAGGAGCUGGAUCUCACGUGUGUGGGCUUCUACGCGCUCACCGUCCGGGUCACAGACAGCGGAUUUCCUCCCUUAAUGGCCACGGCUUCAGUUCGCAUCUCCAUGACACUCUCCGACUUCUCCCAGCCUAAGUUCUCUCAGAAGGAGUAUCAGGCCGAGAUAAUGGAGAACAGCACCACUGGAACGUACGUGACCACCGUCAGCGCCCUGAGCCGCUCGGCGCUCAUUUACGACAUCAACAGGGGCAACGAGGAGCGCUGCUUCUUCAUCAACCAUCACACCGGAGUCAUCAUCACACGCAAACUGCUCGACUUUGAGCAAACGACGUCCUACUUCCUGGUGGUGCACGCGCUGAGCAUGGCCGGAGUGGAGGCCAGCACCACCGUCAUCGUGCAGGUGGGGGACGUCAACGAUAACCCGCCUGUCUUCCAACAAAUCAGGUACGUGGGCGAGAUCAGCGAGGCCGCUCCCGUCAACAGCGUGGUCCUGGCAGAGGACGGUAACCCUUUGGUCAUCCAGGCGACCGACAGGGACCGCAACCACAACGCCCUCUUAGUCUUCCAAAUCGUAGACGACACGGCUCGCAUGUUCUUCAGCGUGGACUCGGGCACUGGUUCGAUCCGGACAAUCGCCAGUCUGGACUACGAGACAUUCUCCGAGUUCGUCUUCCGGGUUCACGUUCGAGACGGGGGUCAGCCUGCCCGGACUGCCGACAGCCCGGCACAGGUGGUUAUAAAGGUGAUCAACAUCAACGACUCGCCUCCAAAGUUCUCCCAGGACACUUACGAGGCAGUCCUCCUCCUGCCGACCUACGCGGGAGUCGAGGUCCUCCGGGUCGAGGCCGUCGACCCCGACAUGACCUCCGACCUCACCCCGAACCCCGACAGGGCGACCGGCCCCGUGCUGGUUUACUCCUUGGUGGACAGCAACGUGGAGCACUUCUCUGUGGAGCGCUUCGCCGGAGUCUUGACCGUUGUCAAUCCGAACCUCAGCAAAGACCGUUACCGCUUCAAUGUGAAGGUUUGGGACGGACGCUUCUCCAGCACGGCGUCGGUGACGGUGCUCGUCCGAGAGGCCAUCGACAGCGGCCUCCUCUUCUCCCGGCCGCUCUACGCCGCCUCCAUCCCGGAGAACGUGCCCGACGUCACCCUGGUGACCGUCGUCAACACGCUCGGCCACCGCCUCAACGAGCCGCUCAAGUACACUCUGCUGAACCCCGGCGGGCGCUUCGUCGUCCGGCCGACCUGUGGAGUGGUGCUCACCACCGGCGUGCCGUUCGACCGCGAGGAGAGGGACAGUUACGAGCUGGUGGUGGAGGUCAACAGGGAGGACGAGAUACUGCGAGUGGCCCGGGUGACCGUUCGAGUGCAGGUGGACGAUGUGAACGACAACGCUCCAGAGUUUGUGAACCUGCCCUACUACGCUGCAGUGCAGGUGGAAGCGGAGCAAGGAUCAGCUAUCUUCAGGGUCUCGGCCAUCGACCGAGACUCGGGCCUGAACGGGGAGGUGACGUACAGCAUUAAGGAGCAGCACAGGAACUUUCAGGUGAAUCCUGCGACAGGGGAGCUGAGCUUAAAGAGAGUCUUCGAAGCAGACCUAUCUAACGCCGAGUACAAGCUGGUCCUGGUGGCCACCGACGGCGGCCUGCCCCCUCUGUCCAACGAGGUGGAGCUGCCCGUCACCGUGGUCAAUAAAGCCAUGCCGGUGUUCGACAAGCCCUUCUACGGCGUCACCGUCCGAGAGGACGUGGCCGUCUCCACCUCCGUCUUGUGCAUCAACGCCACCAGUCCCGAAGGCCAGAGCGUCAUCUUCAGCAUCGCCGAAGGAGACCCGUCGCUGCAGUUUGACAUCGGCUUCGACUCGGGAAUCAUCCGCGUGGUCUACCCGCUGGACUACGAGGCGGCGCAGUACUACCGCCUAACGGUGAAGGCCACGGACACGCUGACCGGGGCCAAGUCCGAGGUCGACGUGGACAUCGUGGUGCUGGACGUGAACGACAACCCGCCGCUGUUCCAGAACUACUCGUACUCCACCGUGCUUCCCGAGAACUCCAUGAUUGGAACCACCGUAUUACAGGUGUUUGCUCAGGACCAGGACUCGGAGAAGAACGCGGCGGUGAGCUACCAGAUCCAGUCCGACAUCUACAACAGCAGCGACUACUUCCACAUCGACGGCAGCAGCGGGCUGAUAUUCACGGCACGCCUGCUCGACUACGAGCUCGCCCAGCGCUACAACUUCAUCGUCAGGGCGACGGACAGCGGGGACCCGGCCCUCAGCAGCGAUGUCAGUGUAACAGUGACCGUGACCGACACCAACGAUAAUCCGCCCAAUUUCAGCCAGGCGCUGUACGAGGCCUUUGUCAGCGAGCUCGCCCCCCGGGGACACUUUGUGACUUGUGUCCAGGCGUCGGACGCCGACAUCUGUGAUGCUCAGAGGCUCAGGUACAGCGUUCUGUCGGGGAAUGAGAGGAUGACUUUCACCAUGGAGCCGGACACCGGAGUGCUCCGUCUGUCUAACAAGAGGAGACAAGGCAUGAAACUCUCGUAUCAACUCAAUGUGUCCGUGUCCGAUGGAGUCUUCACCAACACCGCUCAGGUGAUGGUACGUGUCCUGGGUGCAAACCUGUACAGCCCGGUGUUCAGCCAGAGGUUCUACCUGGCCGAGGUCCGGGAAAACGCCCCCGCAGCCUCAAAGGUCAUUCAGGUUCGUGCAACAGACGAGGACUCGGGCUUGUUCGGCCAGAUCACCUACUCCUUCAUCAACGACCUGGGGAAAACGCAGUUCGCCAUCGACGCGGACGGCGUCAUAUCCACCCUUCAGAAGUUGGACAGAGAGAAUCCUCUGAACAAGGAUAUGGUGCUGACCGUCAUGGCCCUGGAUGGCGGAGGCCGGGCAUCGUUUUGCACAGUACGCGUGGUUCUCGCAGACGAAAAUGACAACGCCCCCAAGUUCAGAGCCGUGGAGUACCGCAUGAGUAUUAAGGCGAAUGUCGCUAAAGGUUCUCUGGUCACACAGAUCCAAGCCUCGGACCCCGACACUGGGUCUAACGGACGGGUCACCUACUCCCUCUACAGUGAGGCUCGCCUGUCGCUGGUGGAUGUGCUGGAGGUGGAGCCAGACAGCGGUUGGAUGAUGACCAAAAGCGCCGUGGACCACCUCCAGGGGACGGUGCUGUCCUUCUUCGUCAAAGCCACGGACUGCGGCUCGCCGGCCAAACACUCCCUGGUGUCCGCCUUCAUCCACGUCGUCCCCCCGGACGCGUUCGUCCCCUCCUUCAGCCAGCCCCAGUACUCCUUCACCAUCCCCGAGGACACGGCGGUGGGGACGGCGCUCGGCUCUGUGUACAUGGGCCCUGGACAGACCGGGUUCUUCAACGUGGUCGGGGGCGAGACCCCCGACAGCAACAAGGGAGGGACCUUCCUCGUGGAGAGGGAGACGGGUCUGAUCCGUCUGGUCAAGCCGCUGGACUACGAGGAGGUCAGCACCUUCCGCUUCAAGGUGUCGGCGACGGCAAGGAGAGACCUGAUCGAGUCUGUCUCCACGGUGGACCUGGAGGUCAAGAUCCUGGAUGUGAACGACAACAAGCCAGUGUUUGAGAGCAACACCUACGUAGCGACGGUGAUGGAGGGAAUGCCCGUGGGGACCAGGCUGGUCCAAGUGCGUGCCCUUGAUCCAGACUGGGGCUCCAAUGGACAGGUAACCUACAGACUCGGGCCUCUGCUCACCUACAACUCGGACCUGACGAAGGACGCGCGCUCCCUCGCCGGCCCCGUCACGACCAGCUCCGUCUUGGCCAUCGACAGCAAAACGGGCUGGAUCACCACAGUGAGUCUGAUGGACCACGAGGCCUGCUCCAGCUACAGCUUCGAGGUGGUGGCCUCCGACCUGGGCGAGUCAAAGUCUCUCUCCUCCACCACGGUGGUGACCAUCACCGUGUCGGACGUGAACGACAACCCGCCGCGGUUCGAGCGGGACCUCUACCGCGGCGCGGUGAAAGAGAGCGACCCCCUCGGCGAGGUGGUGGCGGUGCUGAAGACCAGAGAUCGAGACGGCACAGACCAGAACCGCCAAGUGAGCUUUUACAUCACAGGGGGGAACCCGCGGGGCGUGUUCGGCCUGGCCCGGGUGCAGGGGGAGUGGAAGGUUUAUGUGAGCGGCCUACUGGACCGUGAGCAGCAGGACUGGUAUCUGCUCAACAUCACGGCCAGCGACGGCCUGUAUGUCGCGCGCACCGCAGUGGAAGUUACCGUCAUGGACGCCAACGACAACAGUCCCAUCUGCAACCAGGCGGUGUACAGCGCCUCUUUUUCUGAGGACAUUCCCACUAACAAGGGCAUUUUGACAGUGGGUGCCACAGACGCUGACUCAGGCUCCAGUGCUGAGAUCCAAUAUUCACUCUUUGGCAUCGGGGUGGAGGAUUUCUACAUGGAUGCAAACACUGGCGAGCUGCGUACGGCCACGGCCCUGGACCGAGAAAUGACACCCACCUACAAACUCAUUGCCCAGGCAACCGAUGGGGGCGGGCUGUUCUGCCGCUCUGACAUUUCUCUCAGAGUGCUGGACGUGAAUGACAAUGCCCCCUCCUUCUCCACCGCGCAUUACCUGGCCAGUGUGUUCGAGAAUGCCGCCCCCAAGGCUUUGCUUACCCGGCUGCAGGCCAGCGACCCCGACGAAGGUCUCAACCGCACAGUCGUUUAUUCUCUGGUGGAUUCGGUCAACGGCUUCUUCUCCAUCGACCCGGUAUCUGGGAUGGUGAUUCUGGAGAAAUCUCUGGACAGGGAGAGCCGAGACUCGUACCGUGUCCGCGUCCAGGCCACUGACCAAGCCGGCCAACAGGGGGCGCUGUCCUCACAGGUUGAUUUGACCAUUCUGGUGCUGGACGUGAACGACAACGCCCCGGUCUUCCAGAGGAGGGACUACGCCGUCACCGUCCCCGAGGACGUCGCCGUGGGAACCGAGGUGCUGCGAGUGUUGGCGACAAGCGCCGACAUCGGAUCCAACGCCGAGAUCACCUACAGAAUCCGGUCGGGCAAUGAGUUGGGAAAGUUCAUCAUAGACAGGAACCUGGGCUCCGUUUCUGUAGCUGAUGAUUUGGACUUUGAGGUGUGUAAGGACUACUACCUCACAGUGGAGGCCUGGGACAGUGGGAACCCUCCUCUCAGCACCGCCACCAUGGUAAUCAUCGAACUCAUGGACGUCAACGACAACGCUCCAGCUUUUAGUCAAGACAUCUACAAUGUUUUGGUCAGCGAGGAUGCGUCCGUCGGACAGUCGAUAACGAGGGUUUUGGCGGAGGAUCUGGACAGUCAGGUAAACGGGCGCAUCACCUACUCCAUCCUGAAAGGCGAUCGAAGCAACCACUUCUGGAUCGACCCCGUGACGGGACUGCUCAAAGUCAACAAGCGGCUGGACAGGGAACUGGUGUCCAGGUUCUCCCUGUCGGUGCAGGCAUUCGACAGUGGCUCCCCUGCCAUGUCCUCCACUGUCACUAUUAACAUCGACCUCUCCGACAUCAACGACAACCCUCCUGUCUUCAUCCCUGCCAACUCAACGGCAGUCAUACAGCUAAAUCAAGCCGCUGGUACCACCCUGCUGAAGCUGUCGGUCAGCGACAAGGACUCUCCUAAGAACGGUCCCCCCUUUGACUUUCGCAUCGUGUCGGGAAACGAGGGAAACUUUCUCUCCCUGGACCGAACUGGAACUCUGAGGUCCAACCGUGUAAUUGGCCCCGAGGCCCCCAGAGAGUUCAUUCUUGAAAUUCAGGCGAGUGACUCUGGCCGGCCGAGUCUUACCUCCUCUUCCUGGGUAUUUCUGAGGGUCAUUGGGAACAGCCAAUACAAACCUUCCGUAUCCCCGCUGGAAAUCUUCAUCGUCAUGGUGACGGACACCUUCCAGGGCGGCCCCAUCGGGCGGAUAUACGCAACCGACCGCGACCCCAGCGACGCUCUGUCAUUUACCCAGAAGCCUCAGCCCCGGAGCAUGUUCACGGUCAACAGGCAGGACGGCAGCAUUGUGGCCCUGCCGGGCCUGGAACCUGGCAGAUACCAGAUGAAUGCCACAGUGAGUGACGGGCGUUUUGCUGUGAUAGCUGACGUGUCAGUCCAGGUGGAACAGGUGACAGAUGAGCUGCUGCGCAGCGCCCUGACCUUACGUUUCAGCUCCCUGUCGGCGGACGACCUGCUCAGUCGAUACCUGAACCAGAUUAAGCUCGUGUUACGUGGACUCGCCGGCUGGAAAUGGUCCCCGGGACAACAGGAUCCCCUCCACAUACUCAGCGUGCAGCCCGUGAUGGGGACGUCCGACGUGGACCUGCUUCUGGCCAUGGAGCGGCCAGAGUCGUCGGGCAGGGGACGGCUCGGCGGGUUCUACUCCCAGCAGGAGUUGUCCGCGAAGCUGGAGGAGGCAGCGGCGCGCGGCCAGGUCCGAGGGGUCCUGGCCGGGGCGGCGGCGGUGAGCAGCGCUUGCUCCCGGGAGCUGGAGUGCGGGGACAGGGUGUGUGAGCAGACACUGGUGAUGGAGAGCGACUCGCCGAUAACCUACAGCACGGAGAGGCUCAGCCUGGUGUCGACGAGGUUCAGCCGGACGGACACCUGCACCUGCCCCGGGGGAACGUGCCCGACCCCGGUGGAGCUCUGUGAAGGUCAGUCCUGUCCGGCAGACAUGCAGUGCGUCCGCUCCGGUCCUACAGCGCCAUCUGUCUGCCAGUGUCAGCCUGAGAGACUAGACGAUUGUGCAGGACAAACCUCCCUGAGCUUCUCAGGAAACAGUUACAUCAAGUACAGAGUGACGGAAAGUGGCCAGAGGGGAGAGAUGAGGCUCGGCCUGCGGAUCAGAACACUUCAGAGAAGGGGCGUCAUCAUGUUCACGCGGGUCAACCCCUGUACCAUGCUCAAGAUUGAAGGGGGUCGACUGUGGUUCCAGCUGGACUGUGACAACACCCUUGGCAUCAUGGGUAUCUCUGGCAGACCAAUAAACGACGGCCUCUGGCAUGCUGUCGCCCUGGAGCUGACCAUGAACUACACCCUCCUGUCGCUGGACGACAGCUAUGUGGAGCGCCGCCGGGCAGCCCGAGCACCUGUUCGACUUUGGCCUCUGGCCCCGGACUCGUCCUUUUUCUUCGGGGCCCAGGUGAGGCCACCGAGUGGACAGGGCGACCGGCCGAGUCCGGGGCCGGGGAGAGUCCAGGGAGGAGCCAACGGUCCACCCAGAGCGCAGGACGGCUUCCAGGGUUGCCUGGGAUCACUGAUGCUGAAUGGCAACGAGCUGCCGCUCCAGAACAAGAGGAGCCGUUACGCUGAGAUCGCCGGGCUGAGUGAGGUCAAGUUGGGCUGCGUGCUUUACCCAGAUCCAUGCAUCAGUCAGCCCUGCCUCAACGGAGCCAUCUGCAGCAGCCUGCCCUCUGGAGGCUUCAUGUGCAGUUGCGGAGCGGGCUUCACCGGGGGGCGCUGUGAAGUGGAAGUGACAUCCUGCAUGCCCAAUCCCUGCAGGAACGGGGGCGACUGCAGGCCCGUCGGCGGCGCGUUCCUCUGUGGCUGUCCCAGAGGAGUCGGGGGCCUGACGUGUGACGAGGACAUCGACGAGUGCGACCGGGACGAGUGCGCGAACGGAGGGGAGUGCGUCAACACGUUCGGCUCGUUCUACUGUAACUGCUCCGAGGGCUACGAGGGACAGUUCUGCGACGACGAGAUACCCGGCGAUCUGGGGGACGACACGCAGGCGGAGCCGCUGUCUUACGUCGGACCGGGAGAGAUAAUUGGCAUCGGGGUCCUCGUCUUCGUCAUCAUUCUCCUCCUCAUACUGUUCGUUGCCUUUCGGAAAAAAAUCAAAUUCCGGAAGGAGUCCGACCCGGACCCGGGGACGCAAACUGCGACGGGCGUCUCAACCGUUUCCACGGAAACGAGCUACAUGCUGCACAAGACGGGCAUGGGCGCCGAAGGGAUCGAGUUCAAAGCCGUGCGCGUUUCGGGAUUACCGGGGACCACGGGCACGUACGGUGAGGUGGGCGGCGGCACCGGGGGCCCCCCUCAGGUGGUGGUGCGUCCGACCGCCCACUCCCCUCUGCCGGGAGGCCUCAGCAGCCAGUGGAGCGGAGACGGUGACAAGACGGCGUCCGGUGACAGCGGUCAGUUGAGCAGCUUCCUCUCCGACAUGUCUAACGUCCGAGGCGUGGCCAUCAGGAGGGGCAUCGCCGUGUGCAGCGUGGCGCCCAAUCUCCCCUCGGCGUCGGCCUGCCGCUCGGAGCACAGUCCCGCCCACAAAGUGUCCUGGGAGGGCGAGGAAACCAGGCAGCAAGGGCUGGAGAGGGUGAGGCACGAGCGAGAGGAGGAGUGGGGACAGCGAGCGUUUGAGCUGGAGAGAACACAGAGGGAUAACAGUCCGCUGGAGUCGGAGCUGACGGACGAGGUGUCGUGUCUCUCGGACUCCACCUCCGAGGAGCAGUCCCUCAGCUCCUACACCUCGGAGUCCUUCGAUGACAACGCUUCCAUAGUGACAGUCAUACGUCUAGUCAACGAUGCCGUUGAUGAUAUUGAAAGUGAAGUGUCCAACAUGGACAAAGAGCAGCAGCGGAACAGCCCUGCGUGCAGCUGGGACUCUUCCAGCCAGAGUACGAGCUGGCUGUCACCGGCACGUCUGCGUCCAGCAGAGGUGGGGUCCCACUGCGACCUCAGCGACGCCCAGCAGAACAUCAGACGGGGGGGCAGCACGCGCUCCCUCCAGCUGGACUACCGAGCACCGGGCCGCGGCGCGGACCGCGGCCGGGAGCGGGGCCGGGACUCCGGGAGGAGGGCCUUCCAGUGGGAGAGGAAUCAGUCGGGCGAGUGGGAGCGGAGACGCGUCCCGGACAGAGAUGACAAGAGGCGGCAGGACGGGGAAGGAGAGGGCAGAGGCGUGGGGGGGCGCCAGGACCACAGAGACCCUCAGCAGGUGCACAGCCACGACAGCGAGGGCAGCUCCUCGCCCGUUUACGAGGAAUACCGAGAGUGCGGCCGCGACCCGGAGGGCGGCGAGGGCCGAGAGAGCCUGUACGACACUCUGCCCCCGACCAGGCGAGCCUACGAAGGGUACCCGCCGAGCCCCCCGGGCCUCCACCUGCACCCGGCUCAACUCCUGCCCCCCCUCAGGGCGUGGGAUUUACAGACAGGCGAGUGGAGGCAAUCGCAGGAGGAGAAUCGCGGCGGGCUCGACGCCGGCCACCUGGCGGGCUCCGGGGACGAGCUGGAGAGACUGCUGAACCUGGUGUCGCUCCGAGCGCGGAGGGCCACGCGAGUGAACAGAGCGUCCACCGCAUCCGAGCCCCCGGCCGACUGGGACGGAUUUAAAUGAGCACAAAAAGAAAACUGUGUUUAAGACAAAAACUAAAACGAUUUAAUAUUCAUUUAUUUAUUCGAGUGGCGGUGGCCACUCUCUCUCUCUCUCUCUCUCUUGAUUAGACCUGACAUUUAUAAUACCACACCGUUGAUCUGCCACCUAAAGAAUUAUUAAAAGAGAAUAUUACCAUAUAUACUGUUAUGAUCCCACAUUAUUAUCCCGCUGUAAGCAAACACUAAUCCACCAGCAAUCCCCCCGGCUCUGUUUCUGAGCUGGAGGGAAGAAAAAAAAGAGGAAAUAUAUGUGUUCUCCAGACGCACCUUCUCGUACCUGCGCUGUGUGAGCCCGUGAGAGUCAUUGGCCGAAAAUCAAUGCCGUUACAUUUAUUAUUUAUAGAACCGCUGGUGCACGGCGUUUAUCAACAGCAAAAUAUGAAAGGGAGCCAGUGUGUCUGUGUUUAAUGUGCUGCCAGUUGUUGUGUACAUAUGUUCUGUCAUAUGCAUUUCCUACAUUGUCCUGCUGGAUCACACAAACAAGCAUUUUGUAUUCACGGAGGAGUCUGUAAACGCCGCCGCCGCCGCCGCCGCCAAACAAGUGAAUAAAGUAUAAGUCUUCAAUUAA